GCCGGGAGGCGCGCGGCGCGGCACGGCCGACGUGGGGCUCGCGCUCUCGCGGUCUCUCCCGGGCGGGCACACGGGCACGCGCACUCGCGGGCGCGCGCGCGGACGGCCGGGCGGAGGCAGCGUCUCGCGGAGGCGGUGGCUUCACUUUCCAGGAGUCAGGGGCGGCCGCAGCAGCAGCCGCGGGCAGCAGCCUCGGGAGCCGGAGCUGGAACGGCCGCGGGCAGCGGCGGCGGCGCUGAGGGAUCUAAAAUGUCCACUGAGGCACAAAGAGUUGAUGACAGUCCAAGCACUAGUGGAGGAAGUUCUGAUGGAGACCAGCGUGAAAGUGUUCAGCAAGAACCAGAAAGAGAGCAAGUUCAGCCCAAGAAAAAGGAGGGAAAAAUAUCCAGCAAAACAGCUGCUAAAUUGUCAACUAGUGCUAAAAGAAUUCAGAAGGAACUCGCAGAGAUUACGUUGGACCCUCCUCCCAACUGUAGUGGGCUCCCCCUACCACCAAGUCAUCCACGGUGUGAGGGUCAGGAAUCUUCUUCUGCUGAUGGCCCAUCAGUCUACCAUGGUAAGAUUGCCUUUGGGUUCAGGGCAUGUGCCAUGCCAGAAUGGCAGAUUUGUAUACAUAGUACUUGGCAGAACUUGUCUCUUGCUCUCUCAGCACUCCUUUCAACAAGAGCCCCAUGGGCUUGUGUUACUCUGCACCUAUGGGAUGAGCCUGAAACCAAGGCGUGGGAGUCAUGGGAACCACUCAGUCUGGUUUGCAAACACACUAGGGACUUAGCCCGCUUCUCUGCAGGGGUUGCUUCUGUUUUCCUCCUGGACAAGAUUUUGUGUGAUUUAGUUAAGCUGGUCUUCAGGAACUGUGGAGUACAUAUAGAUAGAGAGAUUAGGUCCUGAUACAAGGGUCAACCCUUGUAUUUUUGUCUUUUGAGCUUUCUCUAUGUCUUGGGAAAAGAAAUAAGGAAGAAAUGGUUUGAGUGAACCCAUCAUUACUGGCUUCUGAUUUUUCUAGCUCUGUGAGAAAGGUCAUUUGUGUGGAUACUUGUUACUAGUUAUAAUACUUAAUAAGAGUUUCAGGAACGCAUUUAAUAGUUUCUCGUAGGUAUACAAUCGUUUUUCUCAAGCAGAUUUGGUUUUUAAUCACAAAUCCUGCAUUAAGAAUGAUAAUAGUCUAACAUUUUUGAGAUCAUCCUGACAACUGAAUUUAUACCCCAUUUGUAAAGAGGCUGUCACUAAUUGUAUCUACUUGCAUCUUGUGUAACCUGUGAGCAAUUUGGAGGGAACAGAUUCAUUUUAUUCAUUCCUCUGUUCGUUAUGCUUACUGUGUAGUAGACAUGCAGAAGUGGAGAUAGUAACAAUAAUGAGUAGAAACAUGGAGUUUCUGGAACUUGUAUUCUGAUGGAUCUUCAAAAGAUUCUUGAGGGGUGUGUGUGAGGGAGGAGAGUUUUGAAAUGGGCAUAUGGGAUGAUCUGUUAGGGUUCCCCAGAGAAGCAGAGCCAACAGGAUGUAUAUAGAGAGAAAGAGAUUUAUUAUAAGGAAGUCCUAAGAUGUGCACUGCACAAGCUGGAGAUCUAGGAGAACUGAUGGUGUAGUUCCAGUCAGAGUCCAGAGGCCUAAGAAUUGUGAGUGCUGAUGGCAUAUGAUUCAGUCCAAAAGCUCGCAAGCUUAAGACUCAAGAAGAGCUGAUGUUUCAGUUUGAGUUGACUGGAACUCAAAGUUGGCAGGAAAAGACGGAUGUCCUGGCUCAAGCAGUCAGACUGGAGGGCUUCCCUCUUAUUUCAGGGAAGGUUAGACUUCUUGUUCUACUCAGACCUUGAACUGAUUGGUUGAGGGCCAUCCACAUUAGGGAGGGCAGUGUGCCUUACUCAGCCUUUGAUGCAAAUGUUAAUUUCAAAAACACCCUGAGACACACCCAGAAUACUGUUUGACCAAAUGUCAGUUAACACCCACCCCCAGCCUAGUGAAGCUGACACACAAAAUUAACUGUCAUAGACAGUUUACACUUCUACAAGAAGUUUAUAGUAUAAACAGCAGUAUAAUCAUUUUAAAGCAUCAUGAAAUAGGCCCUGAACUUCUAAAAUUGUUGAACUAGAAAUUACUCUCCCACUUUCCAGGAUUAUUUUCAUUUGAAGUUGACCUGGUGUAUGUUAUUAAAAAACUAUUCAGGUGUUAACAAACUUGACUCUUCUUAGUGAUUGAAUCACUCUUGUGCAGAAACCCUUUGCUGCAACGGAAAAAAAGUGCUGUUGGUAAAAGAAGGGAUGUCAAAUGUAGUACAGGACUGUUGAGUUAAAUUUUUUUUAAAACGUACAGUAGCAAUGAACUGCCAUGCUGCUGUAUUAUCUCUCCCUAUAUGUAGUGCUGAUUUCUGAUCUUUCUGGAUUGUGUUCAAAACAAAUGAUGGUUUGUGAAUGCAAAAAUAUUAGUAUUUUGUGAUAGCCUUUUAAGUUAUAAAAACUCAUAUCGUUGAAAAAAUGCCUAGAUUCAUAAAAUGAUAUUUACUGUCCACAUAUUCCUUUACUUAUGUGUCCCAUCAUUUAUCCUUUAUCACUAAAAUUGUUUACUGUUUAAUGAUGCAGUGAAUAUUCUUGUUUAUAAGUUUUCUACAUAGCUCUCUCUCUUUUUUUUUUUUUACAGUAAAUGUUGUGCAGUUAAUAAAUAAAUGGAGUGGAGCUGUGUCAGUGUCUAGUUUUGAAUAGGUUUAAUAAAUGUUGCCUAAUUGCUUUUAUUUAUACACUCUUAUAUAAAAUAAUAAUAACAGCUAACUUGUAUUGAGUGCUAGGUAGAACCUGGGCUUUAUAUGGAUUUUUUCAUUCAAUCCUCAAAAUAACCUGUGAGGGAGGUGCUGAUAUCAUCCUUCAGGAAACAGCUGAGUACCUACUAUGUGCAAAGCACUGUGAUAGGCAAGGGGACUAUAGGAAUGAACAAAGCAACCAUUGUUGAUGCCCACAUUCUAAAGGGAAAAGGACAGCAACUAUUCUCAGUUUAUUUGUAAUUGUGAGAAAGACUGAAAGAGGAAUUUAGGCUACUUUGAAAGUGUAUCACACAGGGUAUGGGGCGCGGUGUGUGACAAGAAAACAAUUAUCAUUGAAAAAACACCUUCACAGCCUAAGUUGAGUAGGACAUAUGGGGGAAGGAAGUGUCUUAGGUUGAGGAGGCAGCAUGUGUGCAGGCCUUGAGGUGGUAAAAUGGGGGCAUGUUCAAGGAACUGCAAUUAGAUGAAAUGUGACUGGAACUAUGAGGUGUCUAGAAUAGCUCAGGGUGAGACUGGGGCUAGAUCACACAGGGCCUUUUUUGGUCAUAUUAAGGAUUCUGUACUUGUCCUCAAAAUGUUGGGAAACGUUUGAAGUAUUCCAGGUAGAGGCCCUAGUGGAUUUACGUUUUAAAAAGAACACUUUGGCUGCCAUAUGGACAAUGGGUUUGUAAGGUAUACAGUUUUCUAUUUGCUCUAUAAUUUUCAUCAGCCCUUUUAAUGUCAGUUUGAUAGGUAGAGAUGCUUACAUCUCUUAAAAAGAAGCCAACUUAAAUCUGUAAUCAUGGGGGUUGAUGCAGGGGUUGGAGCUGUGGCUUGGGGGAGAAGGAAGGGAUGAUUCAAGGUUUAGAAGAAACUCUCAAUCUCUUCCGUCUUGGUGUCCAGAAGACUAAGUUUGUAUUUGAGAAGAAUAUGUUGCCCAGCAGUUCUGAUUUGUGAACAGUCUGAAUUUGGGGAGCUGCUUUCUGUCAUGAUGCUUGCCCCCAUCCCAUCUGGUGUUCAAUGAUCACAUCAGAAAGGAUGUCAUUUAAGGGUCUUACUAAAAGAUUCUGAGGACUCUGUAGAUUGAAAGACACGGUAUGGGGGAGAAACGUAGAUAUAAGGUUAUUUUUAUUUUAUUGUAUGAUUUCUGUCUCUUUUUAUCUGCCUCGUGAUGCCAGUGAAACUAAGACGGCUGUCUGGCAUGUGCAUAGGUUGGUUGUUAGAGAGCCUCUUAUGGUUUCACUUACCUUCUCUAGACAGCUCUUCCAGUAAGUUACCAACCUCCUAUUUUUUCUCCUAAGAUUUAGACAGUAAAUUACAACCCAUUUCUUACAAUUGUAGUUCCAUAAAAGGUACACUUCUAUUUGUUCUAAUUUUUCCUCUUAAAUUUUAGUUUCAAGAAACAGAGCUUUUAAAAAAAAUUUUCCUGCUUUUGAUCAAGUUAAAAAUUUUUAACUGAAAAAUUUUAAUAUAUAAACUAAGGAAAGGUUAAUAGCCCUUACCAUAGAACUCCUUUCCGUUUACCCUCUUUGAAUCUUUUCAUGAUCUCAGAAGGGAAAAAAAGAUGGAAUGUUUGUAAAAAUAUUAAUAUAUUUUGUAAUGCUUUCUGUAUUCUAAAAUGUAUUGUGUGAAUCUUGUCUUGUAGUGGAAUCGUGACACAGACUUAUGUGUUCAAAUGAUCAUGCUGCUUUUUACUUCGAUUACUCAGAAGUAAGCUUGAGUGCAGCAAAGCUCUAAAAAUUACAAGUAGAGUGGGUUGUGUUUUGAGGUCUUUAAUCAUUAUAAACUAAAGUGAAAUAGAAAAGUUCCCUCAAGAUACUAUUUUGGGAUGUGAUUUUAUAUUGUAGGUAUUUAUACUUUGGUUUUCUUUCUUUUUUUUUUUUUUUUUUUUAACGUUUAUUUAUUUUGAAGGGAGGAGGGGCAGAGAAAGAGGAGAGAGAGAAUCCCAAGCAGGCUCUGCCCUGUCAGUACCACUGUGGAGCUUGAUCCCACGAACUGUGAGAUCAUGACCUGAGCCAAAAUCAAGAGUUGGCCACUUAACUGACUGAGCCAUCCAGGUGCCGUUUGUUUUUAUUUCCAAUCAUGUAUGUGAUUUUGGGAUUAUUUCAUUACGUGAAGAAGAUUUAUAAAAGUGAAAGAAAUAGUUCAUCAUAGUAUUAAUAUUUUAACAAUAAUCUUCUGUACCUGCCUUAGGAAGAGAUAAAAAAAUUUUUUUCCUUUUAUUCUUUAAAACAAAACAAAACAAAACUGAGCUAAUUUAAGCAGGCAGUUUCUGGGAAAACAAAGGCUUUGGUCUACAUGCUUUUGAUAGUAGACGUUGUGACCAUAUCAUGUAUGCUUUCUUAAUAAUGUCUGACAUUAUCAGAUUGAUUAACUCAGCAUGGGGCCUAAUCAGAUUUAACUGCGGUUGGCAGCUGUACACUAGAAGAAUAGUUAAUACAGAGGAGGAAUAAAAUUAGUUUUUUAAUAAGCUGCGUUAAAUAAAAAACUAAAAAAAGUAUCGGGAGUGUUCAUUAUUUCCCAUUGACAUGUAAAACUGUUGUGUUCACACAGUAUCCUUCUCAAAUCCAUGCUGACGUAUAUUUUCAAAGAUUGGCUACUGCCAGAAUAUACACAUGCUGAUAAUAAGAUUUGCAUUUGAUAAUUGAUGGUGUAGGUUUCAGGGAGUUAUGAUUUCCUGCAGGCUUCAGAGGUCAACAUUUUUAUCUACGUAGUGUGUUCAUUGUGUAAACGUCAUAGAUUAUCCAACCCAUCUAAGAACUAGAACCAAAACCUCUGCUUACUUUUCCUAGAAUCAACAUAUUUCUUUAAAAACUUAGUCUUUGCUGGUGCCUGGGUAGCUCGGUCAGUUGAGCAUCCAUCUUUGGCUCAGGUCGUGAUCUCAUGGUUUGUGAGUUUGAACUCGCGUUGGGCUCUGUGCUGACAGCUCGGAGCUUGGAGCCUACUUCAGAUUCUGUGUCUACCUCUCUCUCUGCCCCUCCCUUGCUUGCACUCUGUCUCUCUAAAAUAAAUAAACAUUUUUAAAAAAUGCAGAAGUAAUCCUUUUCCUCAUUGCUUUUUAAAAAUAUAAUCAUGAAAAGUUAAUAAAUGAUACAUAAGAAAGAGUCCUAAAGUAAGGAGUUGUGAUUCUGAUUCUGCUAUUAACUUUAACCAGGGCCAUAGAGUUUAAUUAGAUACAUUCACCAAAUGUUAAGUGAAUGCCUACCAUGUGUGGGUCACUCAGGGCUCUGUGGUUAGGACCAAAACAGCAAAGAUUUUGACCUCAUUCAAAGUGCUAUUUUGAUGUGCUGGAGAUUCCCUAUUAAGGAUAACAGCCAUUAAUUAUACAUUGAGGACUGAUUUUCAAAAUAUUAUGAGAAGUGGGCAUAACAAAAACAGUCCAUUUCUAAAUUGUGUUGCAUAAAGUAUUUGCACCGAAUUUUCUGCUUCACGUGGUGUGACACCCAGCUUUUUAGUAUGUUUUCUAAAGCUGUUGAGCUAAUAAAACUUGCAGUGAAUAUUCAAAUUUUAGUCAGAUGUUAUUCAGAAUUAAAGUAACAAAAUAACUGAGUGGAAAAGUUUGCAAAUUGUAUGGGACAGUUUCUCCUGGGAAAGACUAACUGUAUUUCAGAGAGCAGUUUUCCAAAAAAAACAUGCAUUAAAGUGUACUUAGAUGCCUUGUAUGUUAACACAUAAUCAUUUAUAUACAUGUAUGAGAAAUAAUAUGUAUUCAAUUUCUCAUGUUGCUUAAGAUUUCUAAGCAAUUAGAAACUUAAUUAGUACAGCGUCAUGACUAGUUUGAAUCCCCAAAAUUGAAUAUAUUUUUAGUUUAGGGAAAAAAGCAAUUUCUUUCAUUUUUAAGGUACAGUGGCCCCUGACAGGUCCUUAUUGUAAGAUCAUACAACUUUUAAACAUUUGGUAAGUCCCUGAAUAUGUGAUACUAGAGAACUUACUCAACCUUAACUGUAAUCUUAUGGAUGAGAAUGAGAAUAAAAAUAUUCCAGAUCAAAGAGAAGUUAUUUUGAGGAGUUUUAAGUGCAAUAAAUGGAAGCUUAUAAUAAACAUGGCUAUUUAGCUGUCAUUGUAGCUUUAUUUUAAUGUAAAAUAUGUCUAAGACAUGUUGUAAGUACACAGAAACAUUUGUUGAAUUGAAUUAAAUGUAUGUUUCCUAGGUGUAGCUUCCAAAAGAUAUUGAGCAGUUGUUGAACUACAAUAAAUAGUAAAUAGUAAUCACAUGAUCAGUAUUAAUUUAUGAAAUUGGAAGCUAAUUUAGAAUAAAAAGAAUUGAUUUGUGGCAGAAUUCAGCAGUGAAUUUUGUUUAAAUGUACUCUUAAAACCUAAAUUGCCAAGACUCUGGCUGUAUAGAACCAAGCACAGCAGUAUUAGAUAUGAUCUACGACUUGCUGAUAGUUUAUUUAAAAACAUAUUCAUAUACUCAUUUUGUGGUUUUUUUGGAUCAUAAAUCAUUCACUAUACUAAAUUGUCAAUUUUUAGUAUUAUUGGACUUUACAUGUACUUUGAGUCAUUGUGUAAGUUUUUAAAGGGUAGGAGCACACUGUUUAACUUGUUUUCUGUUAUAAACAUGGUUUUAAAACGACUAUCAUUUAAAAAAAUUAUACUGUCUUUAACUUUCAGGUAAUAAAGUGACAGAUUCCGUUCAGUAGUUGAGGGGUAAUUUAAGGAAACACUUACCCUUUUCUCUUGGAUACCUCUGUUAACACUCAUUCACUGAUGCUUAAAAUCAGUUAUAGUGAGCAAUGCCUUUCACUCACCUAUUAGAAGGCCAUAAAUGCAAAUAAGUGUGGGAAAGAUACAUGUUUGACUUAUUGCCACAUUAAGAUUCAAAUCACUGAUACCAAUCUCUUUUCUUAGGAGGCUUUGAUAGAGAAGAGAACACAGUGGGAUAGGAUGGAGCUUGUAGCAAAGGUGGGCUAUGGGUACCAAAGAUAAAUAACCUGUCAUAACCUAUUUUAAAAUUUUGCCAAUGCAGUCCCCGUGUUUAAGUCCCUUAACAGUUGUGGGAUGUGUUUUGAUUAACCCUGUCAUUUGCAGCUCUUUCUGGUAUUCAGAAUUGCACCCUGAAGGUAUUUUGUUAUGGGGAGAUUUUUGAUAGUGCUAAUAUUCUUUGAGAAGUAUAAAUGUUGUACAUAUACCAUAGCCCCCCUUACCCUUACAGUGAAGACCUGUUAUGGGUCAGAAUCACAUUGGUCUCAGUUUUAAGUGGGAAGUUUUGAGGGAUUUUGAACGGGACUAGGCAUGAACGUGCAAUCUCUUUGAUCCUUAAAAAAAUUUUUUUUUUCUAAAUGUUUGUUUGUGAGAGAAAGCGUGAGCUGGGGAGGGGCAGAGAGAGAGGGAGACACAGAAUCUGAAGCAGGCUCCAGGCCCUGAGCUGUCAGCACAGAGCCCAACGCAGGCUGGAACUCACAAACCAUGAGAUCAUGACCUGAGCUGAAGUUGGAUGCUUAACCAACUGAGCUACCCAUGUGUGCCCCUCUUUGAUCUUAAUUCACAUUUUGAACUUUUUUUCUCCUUUCUGUAUUUGGAAGUUGAAAGUGUUCAGGUUGUUUACUUAGAAAGCCUCUUAUAGACCUAAGAGCAGCCCUGGUUACCCAUUUGUCUUAUUCACUCAGAAAUGGUGCCUUCUUUUAGUGGCACUUGCCAUAAUUGUCCUAACACAUGUUUGACAUGUAACCCACUGCUUGGGCUCAGUGAAUAUUUGUUGAAUACAGUAGGGAAUAUUGGAGACUCCACUUUUCUAUGUUUGCUUCCUACUGUCCUUUUCUGUGUUUACUGAAUCUGCUUUUUUUUUUUUUUUUUAUUCAUGUUACCUUCUCUCUUACUUCACAUUCAGAAUUCCCAUAGUGGGUCAAGUUGGUCAGUGACCAUUCAGUCUGGGGUGACCAGAAAGCAGAGUUCUUACACCAGUUAUCACUGAGACCCCCAGUUUCUCUUCCCUUCAACCUUUAGAGGGUUGCCUUUCCUUGGGGUGUGGAGUUCUAUUCUAAUUGGCUGUGGCUUGGGUAAAUGGCUUGCCAGACCCAGAGCUUGAAGAAUCAGUCACUCAUGGGUAGGCAGAGAUUAUAAUGAUGACUGUUGGUAGAGCUGUUGGUAGAGCCUAAAUGGAGAAAUAUAUUUUAUCUUCUACACGUGCUAUUUAUACAUUAACUCAGAAACAGUUUUUAUGGGGGGGUAUAUAAAAUGCAGAAAGUAUAUAUAUUUGUAUUGUGAAAGUUAAAAUUAAAACUUUAAUGAAAAGUUUAUAUUUUUGUUUAGAAGAAUGAUUUUUAAGUUUUCAUAGUUACUUAUAUCUACUUAUGUUUAAGUAUACCUAUAUAUCCAUAUUUAGGUACAUCUACUUAUAGGAAUAUUUUUUCUUGAUAUACUAAUAACUAUAUCUUCCUGUGUCCAUCUUGUCUUUACAAUUAUUACAAUUGUGAUCUAACAUUGAUAAAAAUAAACAUGUAUAAGGAAAUAACAUCUAUUUUCUUAAAUUUCCUAUAUUUUUAAUGAUAAGAAUAACCAGAAAAUCUUGUGAAUAGAAAACUCUGUUUCUGAAAAUUCCAUUAGGGGUAAUAUUAGAUAUCUGCUAAAUCCCUUAGAAAUCUUUGAAGUACAGAUAGUUUGAAUUAUUUUUAUUGAAGAAAUAUAGGCCAAAUUUUCAAAAGUAGCUUCAUUGUUUUUUCAUGAAGUAAAUAUUAGCUGCUAUUUACUGAGUAAUUUCUUUGUACCACGGAUAACUUUGGAUGUAAUUUUAAUUCAUUCUCCAGAUGAUUCACAAGAUUGGGGAAAUUAUUUAAAUUUUGCAAAUGAAUCUCAGGUUCGGGAUUUGGCCACUUGUUCUCCAAGUUGUAUGACUGGCAAGGAAGAAGAGCUGAGGCUUGAACCCGUCUCCAUCUUAUUCCAAAGCUCAGCCCUUUCCCUUAAGCUGUAUUUAAUUUCUGUUGUCCUAUAUAAAUGACUACAUUGCAGUGAAUGAAAAAAAAAUAGUAUCAUUUUUGGUCCUUCUGAGAAAUUUUUUUAUUACAUUGCAUUUUGUGAGCUUUCAUCUAGGUCCUUCUGUCAUCCGUGUGUAGAUGUUAGAAGAUGAAUGUUCAAUGUAAUGAAUUAAUAAGUAUGUAAAACCAUUAGUCUAAUGACACAAUGACACAGGCUUACCUUCUAAUGUUAUUAUGUAUCAUCUUCUGUACUGUUGUGAGCAAUUUUCUUUGACUCCCACCAUAUAUUUAAUAUAAACAAAGCAAACACAUAUAAAUAUAAUUCUCAUGUUGGAGGCCCUUGGGUGGCUCAGUUGGUUGAGCAUCUGAUUCUUGAUUUGGGCUCAGGUCAUGAUCUCAAGAGUUGUGAGAUUGACCACUGCAUCAGGCUGCACGCAUGGAGACUGCUCAAGAUUCAUUCUCUCUCCCUCUGCCUUCCUCCCUCCCUCUCUGUCUCUCUCUGUCUCUUCUCCCCUCUCUAAAAUAUAAAUAAAUAAAUAAAUAAAUAAAUAAAUAAAUAAAUAAAUAAAUCUCAUGUUGAUAGCUGAUAAAUUUAUAGGCUAUUUUGGGAGAUAAUACUCUAGCAGUUUGGGUUCACUUUAUCUAAAUUGUAAAUAAAAUUCGCUUUGAAUGUUCGACAGUAACACUGUAUUUGAUUAACCCAAGACUAGUAUUCUACGGUGUGAAAUCUAGAGUUUUAUCUUCUUUCAGGAUAAAAAUUAUAUCUUUAUAUGUGAACAAAAUUGAUUUAAAGUGAAGUUAAAAAGUACAGUCAGUAUACUUUCACAAGUAAGGAAUGUGAAAUUAACUGGGUUCAACUUAUACUAAACACAUAUUACAUUAUCAUUUGUAGGAACCAUGAUAAAAAAAAUUGCAGCAGUGAAUUAACUUGGUAAUGGGCUAGGUUAAUUUGUAGAGAAAAGAUUCAGGCCAAGAUAAGUAAGAAUGUGGAGGAGCUGUAAAACAGUGAUAUAAGUAUAUCAGAAGAGGCAGAACUUGGACAGGGCUAAAGUUCAUGUUUCAUCAGAUUGAAUGUUAGAAGCCAAGGGAGUCCAGAGAUAGCUUCAUACUUUUUGGGACAGCUAGGACAGGCGGAUUUUUCUCGUUAAAACUGUUAUGCAAAGAGAAGUUAAUAAAUGUCACCCUUCGACACUCACCCCUCAGUGCAGAUAGAUAGGUGAUGUUCCAAAUUACCCCUAGGGCAACCAAUAAAAAGUUUUUUUUCUUACUAGAAAAAUUGGAACUUAGGAAACUCAGGCUUUGAAAAUGGUCACUUACUCCCAAAAUUUGUAACUAGGAAGGGGGAAGAGCUGAGACUUGAAUCCACCUCCAUCUUAUUCCAAAACCCAUGUUCUUUCCUGUUAUGUGAGGAUUGAAAGCAUAUGCCAAAUCAUGCAAAUUUGCAGGCUUUCAAAAAUUUAGGUCUGUGAGUGUCAAAGUGUGGUCUCCAGACCAGCAGCAUUGUCACUUGGUAACUUGUUACAAAUGUAACUAAAACAGAAACUUUGGAAGUGGAGUCAGCAGUCUUUUAACAGGCCCUCCUGGUAAUUCUCAUGCAAGCUGAGUUUGAGAAUCACUGCCUUAGGAUCUUUGCAGUUUGGAACCUUAACACAGAUAAGAAGGGUUCUGUAUAAUGUAGGGCUUUUCCUACUUAGAGUGGUGUUAGGGAUAAACUCAUUUUGUGACUAGUUGAUUGUAAUUCAGGUACAACCUGAAUUAACAACAGUUUCCUCCUUUUCAGUCCCAUGUAGGAAAAAAUUUUUAAAAACAAUCCAAACAAUACAUGUGGUCAAAUUUGAUCUAUCUGAUUUAUCUAUU